AGAUUGUCCAUACCAGACCAAAUCCUCCAUUGGCUGUGUCUGGUGCAAGUGUGGUUAGGCAAUUGCUGCCACUUAAGAGGAUGGACUUUGUUUUAGUUGGAAGGAUGCCUGGAUCAACACAGAAGAAAUUUAAAGAGAAAGUAGAAAAAAAUGGUGGAAGAGUUAUUUCAAUGCCAAAAGAGAACCUACCGCAUGAAAGAUGUUAUCUAGUGUGUUCAGAAGAUGAGGUCAAAAAUGAUCGCUCAAAGCUAAAUAGUGAUUUGGUUAUGGCCUACCAAAGGGGAUGGACAGUGGUGAGAUCGAGUUUCAUUGAGUGGGCAGUAAACGAAAGAAUUCCACCCAAUGUCGAAGAGCAUGCAGUAGACCUGACUCCUCUGGCAGCUUUGUCGACAAGCACAUGUGGUGCAAUGCAGCAGUCUGUAGAACGGUUACGAUUUAGUAAAGAGAUUUCUGGUUUUGCUGCCCUGAAGAGAACAAUAAGAGAAGUGGAAAAGGGCCCAGUUGAUGAGAGUGGUAGCAAAUCUCAGAUUAGAAUUCACAAAAAGAAAAAAGACGCAAUGGUUUCCCCCAAAAAGCCACCAAAUGGUUGGACAGCAUUUCUCAAUGAGAAAUUAAAAGAGAGAGUGCAAAAUAAUCAGAGUCCUGGACGAACAGAAAGGAUGACGUUCCUCAAAUCGAUUCAAAGUAUGGCACAGGACUGGAGACAACUUUCUGACCUGGAGAAGAGAGACUAUAAACAGAAAGCCAUUGACCUCCAUUUGUCAAGGAAAGAAGCAAGACAUCAAAUUCGCGAAGAAACAAAAGAGAAUCGCCAGAGAGAACAGCUCAGGGAAAAGGCAUAUAAAACUUUCGCUAAUAUGAGAAUCAAUGAUAACCGAACUGUAAAUAGGACAGCUUAAAUCGUCUGAAAAAGCAAAACGAUGGUUGGAGAUGUAAGAAAAAUAAUAAACAUUUUUUUUUUGUUCAAAGGUUGUGUCAAUAAGUUAAACAACAUUGCGGACAUUGAUUGCAAUUCCUCGUAAUACGAACAAACUAAUAUGCUUCGUACAGUCAGUCACGGACUUUGGAGAAAUGGAAAUUAUCAAGCGUGUUCUGUUUUGCUUUUUUGAUUGGCGAUGAUGUUGGCAUUUUAGGGAGAGGGUAAAUGUUUUGUUCGGUUGGUCAUGACUUUUAUUGCAUUUGGUGGCUUUUAAAAAAGCCGUUUGUGAGGCAAAUCAGCAACAGUCAGCAGCAGUGUCUUGGCGGUAGCUGUGUUGGCGAAACGAACUGGUGGACUCUGCGAACUUAAUCUUCACGAGGAGGGAUCGCGACGGCAGGUCCAGGGCAAACUCUGCGAAGGUUGCGUAGAAGUAGCGGUCGUCUUGUUUAAGCUUAACGUCCCAUUUUUCACCAAGCAGGGGAUCGAGAUCGUCGAGUCGAUUCUUCGAUUUCUCCACCUUGAAAUUGUUUUCAAC